GGUGAGGAGGAGUCGUUCUAGCCCCGCCCUUCUUCCUUGGCGGGAAAAAGUAUCAGAUUUUCGCGCCAAAGGGAAGUUCGGAGAGAGGUUGAGCUGCGCGGGUGCAGAGGCGGCCGGGCUUGAUUUUACUCCCGCGGGAGCAAACAUAACAUUGGAACGGGCGUGGAAGUGUUGCUCACGGCAUGGCAGCCCCCGCGGUAGCUACGCUGGACGAUGCGGAACUGCGAGAAGCUCAGCGAGAUUACUUGGAUUUUUUGGACGAUGAGGAGGAUCAGGGGAUUUACCAGAGUAAAGUCAGGGACAUGAUUAGUGACAACCAGUACCGUCUGAUUGUGAACAUCAAUGACCUCCGAAGGAAAAAUGGGAAAAGAGCCAGCCGUCUGCUGAACAGUGCCUUUGAGGAGAUGGUGGCAUUCCAGCGUGCCCUGAAGGACUUUAUUGCUUCUGUUGACGCCACAUAUUCAAAGCAGUAUGAAGAUUUUUACAUUGGGCUUGAGGGCAGUUUUGGAUCUAAGCAUGUGACACCCCGGACACUGACGUCCCAGUUUCUCAGCUGCAUUGUCUGUGUGGAGGGUAUUGUUACAAAAUGCUCUUUGGUGCGCCCAAAAAUAGUCCGCAGUGUGCACUAUUGUCCUGCUACCAAGAAGACAAUUGAGCGCCGGUAUACAGAUAUGACAUCCCUGGAACCUUUUCCAUCCACUGCUGUUUACCCCACCAAGGAUGAAGAGAACAACCCUCUUGAGACAGAGUUUGGCCUGUCUACCUACAAGGACCAUCAAACCAUCACAAUCCAAGAGAUGCCAGAAAAGGCACCAGCUGGGCAGCUCCCUCGCUCUGUGAACAUCAUUUUAGAUGACGACUUGGUAGACAAAGUGAAGCCGGGGGACCGAGUGCAGGUCAUUGGGACCUUCCGUUGUCUUCCAGGAAAGAAAGGUGGCUACACUUCAGGGACAUUUAAGACCAUUCUGAUUGCUUGCCAAGUGAAGCAAAUGAAUAAAGAGGUUCGGCCUGAAUAUUCAUCAGCUGAUAUUUCCAAGAUAAAAAAAUUUAGCAAAAACCACUCAAAGGAUGUGUUUGAUCAGCUUGCAAGGUCUCUGGCUCCUACUAUCCAUGGCCAUGAGUACAUUAAGAAGGCAAUUCUCUGCAUGCUCCUAGGUGGAGUGGAGAAGGUUCUGGAGAACAGAAGUCGCCUCAGAGGGGAUAUUAACAUCCUGCUAAUUGGUGACCCUUCUGUUGCAAAGUCUCAGUUGCUACGUUACGUGCUGUGUACAGCUCCAAGGGCAAUCCCCACUACCGGCAGGGGCUCUUCUGGAGUUGGUCUGACUGCUGCCGUCACUACAGAUCAAGAAACCGGAGAGCGUUGUCUGGAAGCAGGUGCCAUGGUCUUGGCUGACCGGGGUGUGGUAUGCAUUGAUGAAUUUGAUAAGAUGUCUGAUAUUGAUCGCACAGCUAUCCAUGAGGUGAUGGAGCAAGGUCGUGUUACCAUUGCCAAAGCAGGCAUUCAGGCCCAGCUCAAUGCUCGCUGCAGUGUCCUGGCAGCUGCCAAUCCAGUGUAUGGAAGGUAUGACCAGUACAAAACUCCCAUGGAAAAUAUUGGCCUUCAGGACUCAUUGCUAUCCCGAUUUGAUUUGUUGUUCAUUGUCUUGGAUCAAAUGGAUCCAGAGCAAGAUCGGGAGAUCUCAGACCAUGUCUUACGGAUGCAUCGCUACAGAGCAGCGGAUGAACAAGAUGGGGAUGCCAUGACUUUAGGUAGCACAGUUGAGCUGCUGGCCACUGAAGAUCCCGCCUUUGCGGAGGAGGAAGAUCAGGAGCUGCAGGUGUACGAAAAGCACAAUGAACUACUGCAUGGGCCUAAGAGGCGGAAAGAGAAGAUAGUUAGCGUGGAGUUCAUGAGGAAAUACAUUCAUUUUGCCAAGAUGCUCAAGCCAGUCUUGACUGAGGAGGCAGCAGCCUUCAUCGCACAGGAAUAUUCUUCUCUUCGCAGUCAGGACCAGAUCAGCUCUGAUGUAGCUAGGACUUCCCCUAUAACAGCCCGUACACUGGAGACACUGAUCAGACUCUCAACUGCACAUGCUAAAGCCAGGAUGAGCAAAACAGUCGACAAGCAGGAUGCCAAAGCUGCUUUAGAGCUGGUGCAGUUUGCCUAUUUCAAAAAGGUUCUGGAAAAAGAAAGGAAGCGAAAGAAGCAGGCUGAGGAUGGUUCAGACCUGGAAACAGAUGGUGAAGUUGCACAGCAAGGUGGAAAGAAAGAGAAGAAGAGAAGAAAGACACGUUCUAAUGAUCAGGAACCUAUGGAAGAGGAAACCUAUGAUCCCUAUGAUUUCAGUGAUGCUGAAGAGGAAAUGCCAGGAGUCCAGGCACACACUCCCAAGACUCCUGAACCUUCAGGUGCUGGAGAAACUCAAUCAAAGUUGACUGAAACCAGGUUGAAAGCGUUCAAGGCUGCCCUUUUGGAGGUGUUCAGAGCUGGUCAUGCACAGUCUGUGGGUUUGAAGAGUCUAAUGGAGGCCAUCAACCAAGACAACCCAAACCCUUUCUCAUCUGCUGAAGUCAAGGUAGCAUUGGAACAGAUGCAGGAUGAUAACCAGAUCAUGAUGUCGGAUGACAUAAUUUUCCUGAUCUGAAUGGACACCUAGAAAGUAGAGUUUCCUUUGGCUCCUUAGUAUGGAGAGGUUGUUUUUUGGCAUCUUCAUAGGAACCAUCUAGAAAGCUUGGCUUGCCUGACCUCAGUCUAGAUCAGAAGAAUGUUGACUUCAGCUUGGAGCAAUCAAUGUGAGGAAGGUUAGAACUGGUACCCACAUUAUGUAACACGGUGGUACAUUUGCUUUUUUUCCCUGUUGCAAGGAAGAAAACAUUUACUUUCAAAAGUACUUAAUACCCAUCUUCUUGUAGUUUGUUAGGAAUAACAGGUAUGUCCUAAAUAAACCAAUAGAGGGAACACUGGAAGAAACAUCAGUGCAAAGGUCCUGUAGUUCAAUAUAGAGGUUGACACAGCACAGUGGUGCAAUUCCAAGCUAUCACUUUGCUUCAACACCUCAGUGAAUUGUAGCCUAGCACAUCGGCAGUUUUUAUUAUAUAAUUGCACAUAUUCCAUUACUUGAUAAUAGACUUUAAUAAAUUAACCCAAAUGUGGUUGUAAUGUUAAUGAGGCUAUUUAAAUAUAUUUACAACCAAAGAUAGCACUGCAAAUAUUAUGAUUAGAAUAUGCUCACUGUGUAUUCAUGCAUAGCUCCUUCCCAUUAUGUAUGCUUUGCCAUUUGGAACAAUGAGUCUUAAAUCUUGGGUAAGUCAUGUUGAUGUUAUGUAAUGUUAAAGAUGUGCUUUUCCCAGGAGUUGCUUUAGUUACUGGAAUAUAGUAGCUAAAGAACAUAUUGGAAGCUUUAUCUUGUGUACAACUAGAGAACAUUACUUCUCUAUCAUGCCCCAGUGAUGUCAUUAAGAGUCUAUCUAUGUGUCUCCCUCAUAAGACAAACGUGAUGCUAUCUGUAAUUGCAAAGUGAUAGGAACUAGGAAGGCUAAGGAAGAUCUUUUUGGCUGUUUUUAUUCUGUCUCGGGUCUUUUACCUUAUCCUUUUUUCUAAUAUGAGAGGGUUGCAGUUGGAAUUAAGAGAGAACAUUUGUAGGAAUAUUGUAAGUCCUUUCCUUUUUUAAUUAUAUCAAGAUUGCAAAAAAAUGCGGCUGUCUAGGUUUGUGUACAUUGCUCGUUCCAAUACAGAAUAAAUGGAGUUCAUUUUUCAAGCAAA